AGCGUCGACCGAGCCAAAGAUUAUUAUUAUUAUUAAUUCGUUGCCGCUUAGAAUAACUUACCGUCCUCGAAGAUGUGGCUGCAGAAAUAAAAGCACCACAGGCAAGGUAAAAAGAGGGCUUUCAAGAAUGCUAAUAUACGGACUUUGGUGAUGUCCAGUUUAGGUUUAGUUCAAUACCGAGAGAAUUUCUCAGCUUCGUCAAUUGCCGCAUGUUUUGGUAAUGUACAAACGUGACUCAGAACGAGUGCAACGUAUGUAUCCCUUCGGUACGUUCGUUCACGCGUGCAUAAUUUAUACGAGCAUAAUUUUUUACGUUGCCAUCCGCAUUUUUGAACGACGUGACAUCUAAAUUGAUUUUCUGAUGUCUUUCCAUUUCGAAAUGCUCGAACUUCAUUACGUAUUAUCAGGAAAUCAAAGUGUAUCUUGUAACCUAUUGAUCAAUAUAUGACUGAAAUACAUUUAGGAAAGGACAUUAUAAAUAUGAGUUCUGCUAAAGAUGAUGAGGACUUUUGGUACAGCAGUGAGAAACGGUCUUUCUGUUUCGAAAACAAUGAGGUGGAUCAAUUGUUUGGAGUAUCUAAGACUGAUACAGAUAAAUUAUGGGCUGGUAUUUCAAACACCUCAACAUCAGAGGCAUCCUUAAAAACUACGAGCGAUUAUCAGCCACUUAAACCCAUGUUAUCUGUUAUCUCGGAGAAAACACUUUCUUGCAGUAUGUCAGUGAAGUCAUCUACAAUUUUGGCACUCGAUAAAUUACAGAAUCUCCAACCAGAACCAACAGCUGUACAACCAGACAUAACACUUAGAAAAAUUUUACUUGGCCAGUCUUAUUCUUUGGAACCAUACAAAUCGAUUGCCAGCAAAACUGCCUUGUUAGAUGCAGCUAUAAUAAGCGGAGAUGGAAAUGCAAUUUUAGUUAUUAUAUUAUUUCUUACAAAUACUCUUAAGAGAUCUUUGGUUCAAAGAAUAUUAGCAGAAAGACCAGAUGCUGUAAAUGUUUACAUAAGAUAUCUUUCAACAAGGAUGCAAAUAAAUGAAAUUACCGAUAUCUUGACAAUGCUAGGACAAACAAUGGAUGCUGCUAUGAAAACUUUACACAUUAUAAUAAAAAAUACACGCGAUCCUGACAGACUUUUACAGAAACUUCGAAAUAGUUAUAAGACGCAAUUUUCGGCUUUAAAUGAUUGUAAAGAAGCUUCAUUUGUUCAAUCUUACAUACAGUUACUGGAAUGGCAAACGGUAGUAAAGAAAGUAGAUGGAAACGAAGAAAUCGAACUAAAUUCAUCUGUUCUUGACUGUCUAAGACAUGCAUGUAAAAGUCAUUGGAAUGUAGCAGAAGGGACAUUAAUGUCUCCUACAAGAUUAUCUCAACAACACGAUAUAUCUCCUAGGCAAUAUCAGAAAGUUGCAUUAGAAGUUAGAACAUCAGCUGGUGAAUGGGAUGAUAUUGAUAAAUUACUUUUAACAAAGGGUUGGCUAAAUAGUAAAAAGUUACAAAUCCAUCUGCCUAUUGAAGAUAUAUUAAAAAUAUUGCAGAAAAGCAAGGCACCCUCCAGUGUUCUUGAGAAAUAUUUGAAAUACGUAGACAAUAUAGAGAGACGAUUGGAAUUAGCGAGAAAUAUGCAUUGUUUUAGAAUAGCAAUCGACAUACUUGUACAACAAGCAGAUCGUGCUACAUUAAUGGAAUAUAAAACAAAGUUGCAACCACAAUCAGAGGAAUAUUUUUACGCGGAAAGCGCUUUGCGUUUACCAUCAGUUAAAUGGAAAAACUAGGAUUAAUAUUUUACUACGUUUAAAUAUUUAUUAUAUAAAAAAAAAAGGACCAUAUAUCUUUGUA